AUGGGUGGGGUGGGGGGGGGGCGUGGGUGGGUGUGGGGGGGGGGGGGUGAUGGGGAGAGGGCGUGGGGUAACAGGGGGGGGGGGGGGGGGGGGGGGGAGGGGGGGGGUCGGGGGGGGGGGGUGGGCAGGGAGGGUUGUGGGGGGGGGGGUAGGGGGGGGUGGGGGGGGGGGGGGUGGGGGGGGGGGGGGUGUGUGGGGAGGUCCCUUGGGGUGUGGGGGGGGUUGAGUGGGGGGGCGAAAACACGGGGUGGGGGAGGGGGUUUGAGUGUUGAGGGGGUUGGGGGUGUGGGGGAGAGGGGGGGGGGGGGGGGGGGGGUGGGAAUGGGGAGUGGGGGAGGGGGGAGCAUGGGUUUGGGGGCGGGUGGGGGGGGGUGUCGAGGGAGGGGGUUGGGGGGGGGGGGGGGGGGGGGUGGGCGGGAGGUAGGGGUGGUGGCGGGUGGGGGGGGGGGGGGUGGGGCGGGGUGGGAGGGUUGGUGGGGGGGGUGGGGGGGGGGCACUGGUGGGUCGCGGUGGGCGGGUUGGGGGGGCGCGGGCCGGGGGGGGAUGGGGGUCGGGGGAUGGUGGGGGGGGAGGGGGGGGGGGGGGAUGGGGUGGGUGUGGGGGUGGGGGGUUGGCGGGGGGGGGGUGAUGGGGGGGGGGGGGGUGGGGGACUGGUGGAGGAGCGGGUUGGCGGUUGGCGGGGGGGGGGGUGGGGGUCAUGGUGUGGGGGGGGUGGUUGGGGGAGGGGGGGGGGGUGCGGGAGGGGGAAAGGGGGAUGUGUGUUGGGGUUGGGGGGUGGGGGGGGUUGGUGGUGGGGGUGGGUGGGGGGGGGGGGGGGGGGGUGGGGGGGGGGCGUGGGGGGGGGGGGGCAUUGGGGUCGGUGUUGGGGUCGAUGCCCGCACAAAGCCAAAACCGGCCCGCCGCGCCCACGCGAGACGCGCGAGCUACCGCCCCGCCCCAAGCCGACGAGCAUGGGGUUGGUCACACCCUAAGCUCCGCGCGAGGUGGUGGGGGGGUAUCGGGGGGGGGUUGGGGGGUUGUGCAUGUGCGGCGGGGAUGGUUGCCGGCGGGCCCUCGAUGUGUGAAGGAGAGCACCGCAGCAGGACAGACUGUGCAGGAGGAAGAGCCAUGUGGGUCUUUGGUUACGGGUCGCUCAUCUGGAAAGUCGAUUUUCCUUAUGAAGAAAAGAAAAUUGGUUUUAUUAAAGGUUUCAGUCGGAGGUUUUGGCAAGGCAGCACGGAUCACAGAGGAGUUCCUGGAAAACCCGGGCGAGUGGUGACGCUGGUGGAAGAUCCAGAGGCGUUGAACCCUCCGACAGGUGGUUGUCAAAUGAAUCAUGCUCAAACCAUGAAGAAAACAGGUGCAUGCCUUUGUACAGGGAGGCCCAACGCAGUGUUUCUCAACCAGGGGUGCGGUUAUGUGCAAGAACUUGAAGCAUGGGAAUACAAAAAAAGGUUGAAUUGA